AUGGCAUCAUUUAGAAUACACGAAGAUCAAGAAAAUGCUGCAUUGGGAAUAAGGAAAGACGCUGAACUCUUCACCACAAACGCCCAACGACGUGCUCUGGGCGAUCUCAGUCAAUUUACCUGUAAUCAAAACCGGAACAAACUCCCUGGCUUGGCGAACGGAGCGUGCAAAGCUCAAGAUGAGAAUAGGACAGUUCGUCAAAUCAAAAAUGAGAAGAAUAUCGUACCACCUGUGGCCCAAUUUCGCGCGUUUAGCGUUUAUGAAGACAAGCCCUCUGAGCAAGCGGAAGUGAAAAAACGAGAGCCAACAUUUAAACCGUUCGUUGCUAAAGAGAUUAGAAAAGAUAAUUUCUUUGUAAACUCUUCACAGAAUGUUAAGGACCAAGAAAAACACCCAGAUCGGUCUAAGGAAACCUCUUCUGCAAGGCCUCCACUGCAAGAGAAGAAAGAUGUAGUUCAACAAAAGAAAGAGGUGAUAGAAUCACCAAUGUCUAUAGUUGACUCAAGUGUCCUGUCAAUGUCUAUAUCAAAAAAUGAGAGCCAGAUUCUUGAUGAACACCUAGAAGAUGAGGAUGCCACCACUGCACAAACUGAUAGAGAGAUGUUUUUCCAUGUUGUUGAAUAUCGCCAAGACAUUUAUGAGUAUAUGAGAGAGAUUGAGGUUAAAAACAGAGCCAAUCCACGUUACAUGCGCAAGCAGCCAGAUAUAACACACAUGAUGCGAUCAAUCCUGAUUGAUUGGCUGGUGGAGGUGUGUGAUGAAUAUGGGCUGCAGAGUGAAACACUGCAUUUGGCCGUAUCCUAUGUUGAUCGGUUCCUCUCCUACAUGAGUGUUGUGCGCACCAAACUUCAACUAGUUGGCACAGCUGCUACAUACAUCGCCGCGAAAUAUGAAGAGGUGUUCCCACCUGAGGUGUCCGAGUUUGUUUACAUCACAGAUGACACAUACAAAAAGUGUGAAGUGCUGCGAAUGGAGCACCUUAUUUUAAAAGUGCUCUCAUUUGAUCUCUCCACACCAACAUCUCACGCUUUUCUCUCUCACUAUUGUAUCUCUAAUGGACUCUCUAAGAAGACCUUCCACUUGGCAGCAUACAUUGCAGAGCUUUGUCUCUUGGAAGCAGAUCCAUAUCUUCAAUAUAAACCAUCAAUCAUAGCUGCUUGUGCCCUAGCAACAGCUCGUCAUUGCCUUCUUUGCGAGUCGUGUGACGAUAAAAAUACGGAAUCUCGGCUCCUUACCAAAUGCAGUUUGACCGCCUGGCCACCUGCGCUGGCCCAUUGCUCAGGCUAUUCUUUAGCUGACCUGGAGCCUUGCCUACGUGAACAAGCACGCACACAUGCACAUGCCUCACAACUACCCUACCACGCUAUACCUGACAAAUAUAAGAGUAACAAAUUCGACGGCGUGUCGUCAAUAGAGCCUCGGCCCCUGUUUCCAGUUCCCAAGUACCAACCGCCUCCACCGGCGAACAAUUCACGGCCACCCGCAGAAAACAAGCGCGCCAGC